GGUUGGAGAGGUUGGGAUCGGAGGAGUCGAGUAUGAAGGAGGAGCUGUGCAUGGUGGAGGUUGACCCGCCGAUCAGAGAUAAUCUUGCCACCACCGAUGACUGGCGGAAGGCGCUCGAUAAGGUGGUUCCGGCUGUGGUCGUGCUUCGGACCACCGCUUGUCGGGCUUUCGACACCGAAUCUGCCGGUGCCAGCUACGCCACGGGCUUUGUCGUUGAUAAGCAGCGCGGGAUUAUUCUCACCAAUCGCCAUGUCGUCAAGCCUGGACCUGUAGUUGCAGAAGCCAUGUUCCUAAACCGCGAAGAAAUUCCUGUGUAUCCUAUAUACCGUGACCCGGUAGGUGGUUUAUAUUUGGGCUUUCUUUUUUAUGUUUAUAUUGUUUUUGGUUUCUUAUUUUGGUUUUAAUCCGAACUCACAAUU